AUGAGUGAGCCAUUAGUUAUUAACAACAAUGAGCUAAAAACUGUAACUAUUAUUGGUGGAGGUCUUGGUGGUCUAGCACUUGCUCAAUUAUUGCAGAAUAGUGGAUUGAAAGUAACAGUUUAUGAGCGAGAUGUUAAGGAGGACGGAAGAGAGCAGGGUUAUUAUAUCGGAUUAAACAAGAUGGGUAUAGAUGUUUUGAAAAAUAUUGAACAUAUGAACGAUGUUCUUGAUAAUACUAUAAAUAAUAGCAUAACCUAUUUUGCAAUCGUUAAUAAGAUACGUAAAGCAUUGUCAAAAAAUAUUCCAAUCUAUUGGAACAAACGUUUUAUUCGUUAUGAAGAAACAGAUAAGUAUGUAAUUGCUUAUUUUGAAGAUAAUUCAACAGUGACUUCAGACAUUUUGAUCGGAGCAGAUGGAGCACAAUCGAUUGUACGAAAACAACGUUGCCCAGAAUUAAAAAAUGAAGAUAUAGGCAUUGAAUGGAUUGCUGGUACACUAAUACUAAACGAAAAUUUAAAUGAGUUUAAAACGAUACGAAAACUCGCAAAACAGAGUCUUGUUCGUGUUAUGGGAAAAGACGGCCACUCUCUGUUAAUAUUAGUUUUACAUAAACCAAACGAGCCAAUGAUUGAAACUGCUCUUUGGAGUAUGUCAUGGCCAGUUGACGGUGUUCAUAAUGACACUGUAACAGCCGAAGAAACGUUAAGUAGUCGUGUAAUUGACAAAUCACAAAAAUAUUUUGAUCAUAACGAAAUAACGGACCUUUUAAAACAGACACCAUUAAAUCACUAUUUAGGCCCAAAAUACAUGCACUCUGCAAAGCCACGUGAUGCUGCACAUCCAUUGACAACACAUCGAGGAAUGGGAGCUAACGUAGCGUUUGCUGAUGCUUUUGAUCUAUCUAUUGCAUUAUUAAAUUCUAACUGGAGUAAUACAAUUGUUCACUAUGAAGAAAAAAUGUUUAAACGUGGAUUUGAAGCUGUUCAAGCCUCUUUACAAAGUACAAGAAUGUUGCACUACACUGGAUAUAAAGCUAUCAUUAGAAAUUGUCUUCUAAUUUUUAUCGGUUAUACAUUGAAGAUUAUUAUAAAUUGUCGAAAUGUAUUUAGUAGUAUUUGGAAUAUCGUCUUUCGUAAAUAA